CCCUCCCUGCCUUUUAUUCCGCUCUGACGGCGGAAGAAGGUGCCCGGCUAUGGAGUCGGCGGAGCAAAGGACGGCUUGAGAAAGAGCCCUGCGUGGCUUCCCUGCAGAAAAGGAAGGCGAGCGAGCGAAAGAGGCAGCCCUCGCAGCCGACGGACGGCUGACACGGCACAAGCACCCUCAAUUCAGUGGAAUACAGACCUGAUGAGGAUACGACCAUGGACGAAGAGGCAGCGAUCAACUCUAUUAUGAAGGAUCUCGCUGCCUUGGGCAAAUGCGGGGGUCUCCUGGACAGCCAUAGGAACAAAAACCACGUCCAUUCCAACAAACAGCUGCGGAAUGCCAGAAUCAAGUUUGAACAUGAUGGAGAGAAAAGGAUCAUGCAGUUCCAGAGACCUGUUAAGUUCAAGGAAGUUCUACAGAAAGUCAUGGAUGCUUUUGGACAGAUGAUGGACUUACACUAUGCCAACAAUGAGCUCCUGAUCCCCCUGAAAUCCCAGGAAGAUUUGGACCGAGCGGUGGAACACUUGGAUCUCAGCCCUUCCCUCAAGAGCCUGAGAGUGUUUGUGAAAACGCCAAAGAAAACUAACCCUCUGCAGCCCAACAACAGCAAGCAGCACGAGAUGAGGAUAUCGAAAUCCAUGGGAGAUAUUAUGGGAUCUUUGUACAAAGAUGCGGAGAGAACGCGGAAGCAUUCAACAGGCUCUCUGCACACAGGCCGAAGUUCUCCACCCCCUGGGAGUGUUCCUGAAGAACAGCAGCAGAUUGCCCGGCAGGGUUCUUACACCAGCAUCAACAGCGAAGGGGAGUUUAUACCUGAAAUGAUGGACCAAAAUUUAUUGGAACCCUUUAUCAGUCCAGAUGACUCUCUCUCAGGAAGCUGCCAGUCCUUGGACAGAUCUGUAGACAGCCCACCCUUUAGCCAAACGCCUGUUUCAAGACGGAAGAGAGAAGCCAAAGACAGUCUUGAUUGCCUCGAUUUCGACAUCCCGUUUUGCGAGAGAUUUGGGAAAGGAGGGACGUUCCCAAGACAAUACCAUCUCUCCCAGAGCCGUAAAGACUACAACGAUGGCCGAAGAACCUUUCCCAGGAGUUACGUUCCUCCGGAGAACUUGUUCCAGCUUCUGCCGUCCAGCCGGACAAAGAGCUUCAAUGGGGACAACAAGCUUGUCACCUUGCGGUACGAGGAACGUGGGGGUAACAAGUGGUGGGCCAACUGCGACAAGAUAUUCCAAGGUUUCGGCUCUUCUCCGGCCAAGACGAGGAACACCCUGCAGGCCCCGGUCAACUGGAGGCUUGGAAAGCUACUCGGCCGAGGGGCAUUCGGAGAAGUCUACCUUUGCUAUGACGUCGACACUGGGCGGGAGCUGUCUGUCAAGCAGGUGCCCUUUGACCCCGACAGCCAAGAGACGAGCAAAGAAGUAAAUGCCUUAGAAUGUGAGAUUCAGCUGCUCAAAACUCUCCGCCAUGAGAGGAUAGUACAGUAUUAUGGCUGCUUGCGGGACCCCGAAGAGAGGAAGCUGUCCAUCUUUGUUGAAUACAUGCCAGGGGGUUCUAUCAAAGACCAGCUGAAAGCCUACGGCGCCCUAACAGAAAACGUGACUCGAAAGUACACCAGGCAGAUCCUACAAGGCGUUUUCUACUUACACAGCAACAUGAUUGUACACAGAGAUAUCAAAGGUGCCAACAUCUUGAGAGAUUCUGCUGGGAAUGUAAAAUUGGGAGACUUCGGUGCCAGCAAACGCAUUCAGACAAUCUGCAUGUCUGGAACGGGGAUGAAAUCGGUCACGGGGACGCCGUACUGGAUGAGUCCGGAGGUGAUCAGCGGGGAAGGCUAUGGAAGGAAGGCUGAUGUGUGGAGCGUGGGCUGCACCGUAGUAGAGAUGUUGACAGAGAAACCGCCCUGGGCAGAAUUUGAAGCCAUGGCCGCCAUUUUUAAGAUCGCGACCCAGCCCACCAAGCCCCAGCUUCCCGACGGUGUUUCGGACUACUGCCGCAGCUUCCUCAAGUUGAUCUUUGUGGAGGAGAAGCGAAGGCCGACAGCGGAAGACCUCCUGAGGCAUCCUUUCGUGAGUUUUAGCCUCUAGCAGGGCUUCCGGUGGGAGAAACGCAGAAAGACCAGGAAUCCACACGAGAACCUAGGAGUUAUCGACAAAGAAGGCCUGCACGCUUCUCAGUUCAACCUCAGCUUCCUGUUUUGGGUUACUCCCCAAAUGUGCCGCGUCGCUGCCAGCCAUGCCUUGUUGGCCGAGCAGCGGCCAUCUUGCCAAGUCUGCUAAGCAUCACUUACUGCCAUCUUGACUUUGUGGCGGCUGACAGGUUUUCACAACAGAAGAAAUUGGGGGACGGAGGCAACGUUGGCCACGAGCUGUGUUGUUGCCUUAUGAACGCCGGCGGACUGUCUGCUUGUAUAGCCUUCUCAACAGAGUGCAAUGGACUGGACCUGCACUAAAGGACACGGCGAGGGAGUGGACAGCUGGAAUUCUUCUCAGUUGACUAGGAAGUGCGGGAUAAAAAUGGCCGAACACAGCACAAUGGGCGACAGGUGUCUGCAGAACCCGCUGGGGUUGUUUCUGCCUGCUUGGUGACCGUUGAAAGGGAACCCGGUAUGAAACAAGUCGAAUAAAUCCAGCAUGAAAGCACAACGCUUCGGUCUGCUUCUCUCUGGAAACGGAAAAGCCAUGAUGAGUAAGAACAGGAAGUCUGAGGCACAUAGAACGAGCUCCCACUCUAGGGGGCAGGGGAAUUAGAAAAGAAUUGUUCUGUAUCUCAGGAGGUCAUUAUAAUCAAGGAAGAACCAAAACAAGGAUCUAUUCCAGCGUGACCAAGUCAGGAAAAUGGGCACAAAGCAGUCCCAGACAAGGGAAUGCUACGGAAAUGUAGAACUCUAUAGGAUGCCUCCCAAGCUGUUUCUCCUUCCCUUGGCCCAAAAUAAUUAGGUCUAGCCAACCGACUUAUUCUAGAGAAAUGGGUUUCAGCCUUCAUUCCAAUCCCUUGUCAUCGGGGCUGUACCUUUGUACUUCUGCCGUACAUUUCGCCAUUUUUCUUUGGGGCUCUUGGUGUGGGGUGAACCAGGGGCAACUUGGGCGUUUACCGUUUGCAGCUUGACUUUGCCCGCUUCCAUCUGGCAGGGUCCAUUCACAUACGGAUACUACCAGAAAACCAUGAGCCCGAGGUGGAAAUAAUAUUUAAAAAUAGUGUGCUACUCGAGCAGCGUGUUUCAGUUGAUGGAUCAGUUGACUGAGUCAUUCAUUACUUCUGUUGAUUUAAAAAAAGUGUCCCACAACGUUUGGGCAGCAGGUUUUUGAUAUAAUGGCCAGAAUCCUGUUAAACAUUUACCCUUGUGAAACUCCAGCGGCCUAACUUUUCAGCAGCGAAUUGCUGCCCGUGAAGAAGUCGGAGCUUCUUUUUUCCUGUGGACUGCUGUGUCGCACGAAAAAGAAGCGGUGACUUCUUAACGCGCAGAAAGAAAGUAUAUUCUUGUAAAAGAGGCAUUCUCUCGGUGCAGGAGAGAUCUGGAAAACGCCUCUUCUAAAAUGGUGCAUGUGUUGACACAGUUGUGUCUCAUCUAAUAGUAAAGAGUUGUUUUUAAAAAUUU